AGUGCCAACAACCAUCGAAAAAUGUUUAUUUUAACGAUUAUUUGACAGGUGAAAACAGUGGAGAAUCGACAUUGGGUGAUUAAUAGUUUUUUUCUAAAUUCAGAUUUUUGUACAAAAAAUGCGUUUGUAUAGAAAUUGUAUUUUCGAUUUAAUUCAUUUGAUACGAAAAUGAACGAUGUACAUUGGGAGCCGUUAGCUGAAAUAUAUUUACCUCAUCAUUUCUCGCAUCUAAAGACAAAAAAAAUAUUUUGUCUCUGCAGUCGUGUUUUUAUUCGAAACUACAACGAAAACCUCAACAACACACUAGAGCGCGAUGAGUACAAUGAAAUCGACGAUCAGUUCAGCGAGAAUGAUUUACAGGAUUAUGAGAAACCCAUCCAUUUUCCUGAAAACAAAUCGCGUAAAUUAUUAGCCUCAGCUGUUGAUGAACAGGAGGUGGAUGCGAAUAGUUGUUACUACAGUGCCAGUGCAUCACACACUGACAACUAUUGCAGCACCGAUGAACACGACCCAUUAAUUCAUCAAACGGCUCAACAUUCCAGUGACAGUGGCGCUGAUAUAUCCGAGAAUCCAUUCACCCAUCCAUCCCGAAAGUACUCGUCAUCCGACUAUUUGCAUUCCGGACGCAAUAACAGCUUACCGGAUGCGUUCGGCGGCGAUGAGUUGAAUGAAGCAUGGGAAAAGUAUUGGUCGGACAACGGUGAACGAUUGAUCUGGUCGUCGUGGAUCGAUAAGUACAGUGAUUUCAUCAAGAGCGACUAUCUCAAACUGAAUAUCGAUUCGUCUGAUCCGACACCGCAAAACAGCCUAAAGAGUUUCAAUGCCGACCAGGGAUCGUGUUCGCACAGCGACAUGACAAUAAAGAACCCCGAUACGGAAAUAAUCGUCUCCCUUUGCUCUCCCGCUGCGAAUUGUCCCAGCGAAGAUGGCUGGAACAUACUGUCACCGGGCAGUGUUGACAAUACGUGGGACGAUCAGCUGACCUCGGUCAACGAUUUCGAUUCCGUAUUAAGUCCACGUUGUGAUUCAGUUACGUCGAGCCUUCCGUUAACUAUCGGCACAACGGACUCAAUGACGAACGUUACGCAUAUGACCAUUUCGAGCUACGAUUUCGCUAGCAGCCGAGUCAGUUCCGAGUCAUCGGAAAGCUCGCCAGACGUUGAAUCGGCUAGUGAUAUGUUCACUCUGCAACAAAAUCUGAUUGAUGAGAACAAGCUGUUGUUGAUGGGCGACGAAGAUACGAUGGACACGGAUCAACACUGGCAAAUUUUGUGGCAACAACAUUUUCAGGAGCAAUACGCUCACCAAUACCAACACUUUAUGCGCGCGAAUGUAAUGAUAGGCUGUGAACUGAGCACAAGUUUACAGCUAGAAAAAGUGUCGGGUGAUCGAGAUAUGAAUGUUGUAACGGAAAUGAGUAAGCGCAGAUUGACUCGCAAAAAGAAGAACAGUUCACAGAAACAGAUGAACGAUUGUUUGCCAAAAUUAGUCGCUAGCCUAAAUCUAGAACUUAAUGAUAAGGAAGAUAGCCAUAAGCAAGAGACUAAUAACGAUUUUUGUAAUAUAGACAAAGAUUUGCUAAUUUCUCUGGGACUACCGACUGAAUUUAAAAGCACCAAAGCGAUGAAUCGACAGGAUUCAAAUAUCAAUUCAUUAACAAUGAAGCCAAUUUUGAAGCGAAGCCAUGACAGUAGUGAAUCUGAUGACAUGCAAACCGAUCGAGUAAAAGCUGCAUUCUCGUUGAUGGGCUAUUCGUAUGAGGAUAAUGAUGAUGGUAUCGAAAAGUCUACUGCUGGCCACGUGAUUUACCGGAAAAAGCACAUACGCUUGCACAAUCGUAUAUUGAAAAUGAAGCAUCACAAAAGCAAGCACACAUACUUCGAUAACGAUGGGAACGAAAUAAAUGAACCGAAUCAGACGAAUACCGACACUACCUUGUUAAUGCACUCGUCAUCCGACGAUGAAUCCAUUGCAGAGAAGCCUACACGACAUUCGUCGACAAUAAGUUCACCUCCUACAAUUCCAUUUACCGAAGAUAUUGCAACAGUUUCGACAACACAAGCCACAUCGGAUGGAUCAGCCGCCACACCCAUGGAACCGACUUCGAUAGAUGAAAGUGCUGACAUCGAUGCGAAGACGUUGGCCCGAGAUGCUAACAGAAAGGAAAAGAAGAAGCGGCGCAAAAAUAAAAUCUUAUCAGCCGGGGUGCCGUCGGAAAUAGCUAACGACAAACAGUUGCAGAAAUACUGGCACAAGAGAUUUUCCUUGUUCUCGCUGUACGAUUCGGGCAUUAAAUUGGACAAAGAAAGUUGGUUCUCCGUGACACCGGAAAAAGUUGCCGUUCACACUGCCAAGCGUUGCAAAUGUGACAUAAUCAUUGAUGCAUUCUGCGGGGCUGGUGGAAACUCCAUUCAAUUUGCGAUGACAUGCGAAAAAGUCAUUGCUAUUGACAUCGAUCCGAAGAAAAUUGAGAUGGCUAAACAUAAUGCUGCAAUUUAUGGUGUUGCUGAUCGCAUCGAAUUUAUUGUGGGCGACUUUUUAACGUUAGUCGAUUCGUUAAAAGCCGACGUUAUAUUUUUGAGCCCACCGUGGGGAGGACCGCAAUACUUAAAGAAUGACGUAUACGAUGUUGAAACAUCUCUAGCUCCAACGUCGGCAUCAAAUUUGAUUGAAAUGUCCAGAAAGAUUACAUCGAAUAUUGUAAUUUAUUUGCCAAGAAAUUCAAACACUCAUCAGCUCGCCAUGCUAGCCGGACCAGAAGGUUCUGUCGAAAUCGAGCAAAGUUUUCUGGAUCGUAAACUUAUUGCUAUCACUGCCUAUUACGGUACAUUAGUGAAUAAGUAAAUUUUGGGACGAAAAAUUGCAUUUUAUCCAAUCGGGCAACAAUAAUUUUCAUUUAAAAAAAAAGGAACAAUGUUUUGGAUAGCCGCUGAAAUUAGAAUUUGUCUUUUAACACAUCAACAGUUCAAGUCAGAUUACACUCGAAAAGUAGUUUAAUGAACAAGAUAUUGACGAACAGCGAAACCAUUCAUGGCUUACAGUGGCUGUCAUUUCUUAUUAGUUAAUUUUACGAAAUUUUUUUAUUUUUGUAAACAAUUUCGGUUUCUUAGAUUUUUUUGCCUAAAAGUGUAAAUCUUUUUACCAUUUCAUUUAAACCUAGAAAUUCGUUGAAACACGAAACAUAAAACUUUUACUUUUCUAAAAGUAGUCAAAAAAAACAAAAGAAUAUCUUGCAACAAACUGGAUUGAAUAUACCGCCAUCAAAUAGCAUUUUGUCUUUACUUUGAUACAUACUGGUUUUUUUAUAUAAAAAAGAAGAGAGAAAACAAACAAACAAAUUCGAUACAAAACUCCGAAAUAUGGUUUGAAAAACAAUAGAAAAAAUUGUUGCAGAAAUUUGUAUUAUUUGUAUGUGUAUUCACAAUCUACAAUUCUUAAAAUAAUUUCGGAACAAAAAUAAAUAAUCAAAUG